AUGAGAGGACACGAAACUAAGGAUAAUCUUUGGAUCGCUGCUGGUGAUGGACAGCUCGAUCGAGUCAAGGAGCUGAUCGAAGGUGGCGCCAAUGUCAACAGCCAUGAUGAAUUUGGCUAUACCGCACUACAUGCUGCGGUAUCGUACAACCAAAAAGAAAUUCUCGAAUACCUAUUGGAAAAGGGCGGCAAUGUCAACAUUGAAGACUUUGAUAAAGAUACUCCCUUGUAUGUGGCCGAGACUGUCGAAAUGGCCCGUUUACUAGUCGACAAAGGGGCUGAUCCCAAGCACAAAAACGAAGAAGGCGUGAGUCCUGCACUCAACGCACACCAAGAAGGAUGGCAGCAAGUGGCAACGAUGCUGGCCGAAAUAACAAAGGAAGAAUUACCAACGGUGGAUGACCAUAUUGAACAAGCACUUGAGAAUGCUACUGUUACUCCUGCUCCGUCUGCGAACCCAUUUGCCGUCGCUGGUGCUGAAGGAGCCAAUGAUAACAGUGAUGGAGAAGAAGACGACAAUGGUGCUAUGGAACACUAUAUUGAGGACAUGGUUCGUCGGAUACAAGAGCAAGGUGGUGUACAGAAUGAGGAAGAAUUACGUGAAGCUGUCACGAAAAUGGUGCUGGAACAGCUUCAAAAUAGUAUGAAAUAA